UGCAGGUGCAACUACGAUCGAUCCAUGCAUUAUCUACGUAAAAGUACAUACCCAUACACGCGUGUACAUAUAUAAUUCAAACAAGUUUAGUAUAAUAAUAUAGUAAACCUGGAAAUCACGACCUCGUAUACACGUACGUAGCAUUAGUAUGUUAAAUUGUUUGGCGGCUGACUAUUCUACUCAUAAGUCAUACGAUUCGCCCUACGCGAGUCGACGAGAAACAAGUAAGAUAGAUAAGUGCCUCGUUCGAUGAUAUGUAAAAAAGUGAAACCUCAUAUGUGGUAUUAUUUUCGUGCUGUGGAUGCCAUGUGACAAGUACGUCGUUGAAGUUGAUAACUGUGAAGUAGGUGAUUACUUUAGGCAAAAUAAGAAUAUCGUCGAGUAAAUGAGAAGAGGUGCAUAGCUGUGGGUUCAAGAGCCGCAUCGUUGUCUCGGUUAAUAUAUACCGCUGCAGAUUUUUUGGAAAAUGCCAGCAACCUUGACGUACCCGAUCUACGCGGGAAUCGAGCCAGUGCCUCCAAGAAGAAGGGCGAACACAUGGGGGGCACGGCGUCAUUCUCCAGCAUCGCAGGACCGCGCGGCUCUCGCAUCUCGAACUGCCAGACUCUCCCUUUUUGAACCAACGGCGGAUGAGGCAACGAACAAGCUGAGACUCAAGGUGAUAGCGGGUCAUUCACUUGCAAAAAAAGACAUAUUUGGUGCCAGCGAUCCCUAUGUCAGGGUUGAUUUAAACAAGAUCAAUGGAGAUGGACACGUGGACUCUGUUCUUACCAGGACCAAAAAGAAAACCUUGAACCCUGUUUGGGAAGAGGAAUUCAUAUUCAGGGUAAAACCAGCGGAACACAAACUGAUUCUGCAGGUUUUCGAUGAGAAUAGAUUGACCAGGGAUGAUUUUCUUGGGAUGGUAGAGCUCACUUUGAUUAAUCUACCGAGAGAGCAAGAGGGCCGUGUCAUUCCUGCAAAGCAAUAUAUACUUAGACCACGUAGCAAUCAUUCCAGUCAGCGAUCACGGGUUAGAGGUACCCUAGAAGUGUAUCAUGCGUACAUUUCGGACCCAACAGGGGAAAGUAGCAGCGGCGAAGGGGAAACAGCAACUGAUUCUGGUGGCUGGGAACUGCUGGAUCAACCUACCCCUACCUCAAAUGACAGUCCAGUUGAACAACCUGCUCAGACGGUACUAGUAAAUGGACCUUUGCCACCUGGGUGGGAAGAGAGGCAAGACGCGAACGGAAGAACGUAUUAUGUUAAUCACAUAGCUAGAUUCACGCAGUGGGAGCGGCCAACAGUUUUGAACCAAGCACCAACAGGUGGUGUAACGCAAGAGCAACGAAACUUGGACACAGCAACCACAGAGUUCCAAAGACGAUUUCACAUCAGCGUGGAUGAUGCAGAGAAUAGGCACAAUAGGAGCUCUGGUCUUAAUCAGAGUGAAGAUAAUAUCGAUAGCCCAGCUGGAUCGAGGCGAUCCUCUGAACAGAUUGAUGGGCCGACAACACCAGCUACAACUCCAGCUACAGCCGCGGCUCCUGCGACAGGCGCAGCUGCUUCUCAAACACCAAAUGGGGAGGGAUUGCCUCCUGGUUGGAGCAUGCAGUUAGCGCCCAAUGGUAGAAUGUUCUUCAUAGAUCACAAUGAAAGAGCUACGACAUGGGUGGAUCCGAGGACAGGGAGGGCUAGUUCUAUGCCUAGCCAUAAUGCCCCAUCUGCUACACCAAAGAGCGAUCUCGAUCAGCUCGGUCCACUUCCAGAGGGAUGGGAAGAAAGGGUACACACUGAUGGACGCAUAUUUUUCAUCGACCACAAUACAAGAACCACGCAAUGGGAGGAUCCGAGAAUGUCUAACCCACAGAUAGCUGGGCCUGCAGUUCCCUAUUCUAGAGAUUACAAACGGAAAUAUGAAUACCUGAAAUCACAGUUGAGGAAACCAAAUAACGUACCUAACAAGUUCGAAAUCAAAGUAAGACGAACGAAUAUUUUAGAGGAUUCCUACCGCAUCAUAAGCUCCGUUAACAGAUUAGAAAUACUAAAGACUAAGCUUUGGGUUGAAUUUGAAGGAGAGGUUGGCUUGGAUUACGGCGGCCUGGCAAGAGAAUGGUUUUUCUUACUCUCCAAAGAAAUGUUUAAUCCGUAUUAUGGCCUAUUCGAAUAUUCUGCUAUGGAUAAUUACACACUUCAAAUCAAUCCAUUCUCCGGGGUCUGUAACGAAGAGCACUUAAACUACUUUAAAUUUAUCGGACGUAUUGCUGGAAUGGCUGUUUAUCACGGGAAACUAUUGGAUGCCUUUUUCAUCCGACCUUUCUACAAAAUGAUGUUGAGCAAAACGAUCGAUUUGAAGGACAUGGAAAGCGUUGACUCAGAGUACUACAAUUCCCUGUUGUGGAUAAAAGAGAAUGAUCCGAGUGAGCUAGAACUGACCUUUUGUGUGGAUGAAGACAGCUUUGGGCACACUUCACAACGCGAACUAAAGCCAAAUGGGGCCAAUAUCCCACUGAUCGAUGAAAACAAGGACGAGUACAUCAGCUCCGUGAUACAGUGGAGGUUUGUUUCUCGAGUUCAGGAACAGAUGAAUGCCUUUUUAGAGGGAUUUAAUGCACUGGUGCCAUUGACGCUGGUAAAAAUAUUCGAUGAACAUGAGCUAGAACUUCUCAUGUGUGGAAUACAGCACAUCGACGUUAAGGACUGGAAACAAAACACGCUAUAUAAAGGCGAUUAUCAUGCAAAUCACAUAACGGUACAGUGGUUCUGGAGGGUAGUUCUAUCCUUCAGUAAUGAGAUGCGGGCCAGACUUCUACAAUUCGUCACAGGGACAUCUCGGGUUCCUAUGAAUGGGUUCAAGGAGCUAUACGGUAGCAACGGACCGCAACUCUUCACCAUAGAAAAGUGGGGAACACCUGACAACUACCCGAGAGCUCAUACAUGUUUUAAUCGAAUAGAUCUGCCACCGUACGAGAGCUACCAACAGCUUAGAGACAAACUGGUGAAGGCAAUCGAGGGUUCGCAGGGAUUUGCUGGAGUCGAUUAGCAAGGGGCUUUGCUUGCGGCUCUACUCCGUGGUUUUACCGCCGCUGUACUAUAAUGUGUGUGUAUAUAUUAUAAUGUAUGCUGUGAGGUGUGUGCGCCUGCCUGGAUCUCCGGAUGCUAAAGGAUAGAGUAAGUGUGUACCGGCGUGUAGUUAUAUUAAUUUUAUCACUUGAUUUCUUAGCUGAAACUAUUAGCUGUUGUACGAUACUCCGGCCAUGGCUCAAUUUUGACUUCACACCAUGAUUGGGUACUAACACCGUCGAACUGAAUUAUAGGUAAGCCCGAUUCAUAAAAAUCCUGAAUCUUUGGGCUCAACUUAUCAUCGCGAGUAAUAUACUGAGCAUAGUUCAUUAAUCGUAGAACGGAUGUGAUACUUCUUUAGAGAAAAAAAUUCCUCCAAUGAAAAACAAAAGAAAAAAUAAUGCAAACUUGUCUCUCCAAAUGCUACUACGCAGUAGUACUCUCUAACUUUUACUACUAGGGCUAUUUGUUAAUCAUCGUUAUAACGAAAAACUAGUAUUGCAAUUUUUUUUUUCUCCUCAAUUUUCAAUGCCUGUACAUAUGUCGUUUGGAUAACGGAAAACUGAAUCACUCCAUUCCACGUUUAUAAUCGUACAACAAGCAUGUUGCAGCUGAAUCUCGAGUUAAGUGAAUAUUCCAUUACACAUAAAACGCAUCGGCACUAUUCCGAGAUGUAUUGACGUCAGGAGAGUAACGACUCAACGUGUUACUUCAAUUGCUUAAUGAAGGAAAUGAGAAUACGAGUGAAUGAAUGGUAUGCGAAUGAACAGUGAAUGAAUGCAUGAGAAAAUCAAAGCGAGUCUACUCAUUUAUGACCGUCAGAUUUUAUCCUAUUUCUUUUGAACACACGUAUUUUUCGGACUUCCCGUUAAUUUUCAAUAGAAAUGUCAAACGUGUAUCGGUCAUUAUCUUCAACAUAAGAAAAAAAGUUCCGGUUACGUGUGGCCAUAAAUAAAAAAAACAAAAUUAAAGAUCGAUACGUUUGAACAUCAUUAUCCUAAAUGGUUGUAUAAUAUUAGUGGCUCGUAAAGUUCAGAUUCUCGAACUUGUAAUUAACAACAAGAUAAAAUAAAUCUUAAUACUAACAUACAUA